GCCCCUCUUUUUUUUUUCAUGGCACACACCACAGCGAAGUCUGUGCGGAAUCCUAAACCAGCCCAAUUUACAUCCAUUCAUGAAUCUGUGACGUCAGCAAGCCUUUGGGCUCCUUUGCGGUGGGCUGGAGGAUUGUGUGGGUGGAAUCCCCCUCCCCUUUAUUUUUCCAAUUCUGCAAGGCUUUUAAAAUUCACCUUACAUCUUUUCAAAGCAAGAAAAUGGAACAGCAUGUGUAGGAAUUCUUCGUUGUUGUUUUGGAGCCCUCUCUUAAGUCAGAACUCUGUCCCAAAAAUCUUCUGAGUGUCAUCUCAGGACUUUGGUUAUACUCAUGGCACGAUGGCCAACUUUCAGGAGCACCUGAGCUGCUCCUCUUCUCCACACUUACCCUUCAGUGAAAGCAAAACCUUCAAUGGACUACAAGAUGAGCUCACAGCUAUGGGGAACCACCCUUCUCCCAAGCUCCUCGAGGACCAGCAGGAAAAGGGGAUGGUACGAACAGAGCUAAUCGAGAGCGUGCACAGCCCCAUCACCACAACAGUGUUGACGAGCGUAAGUGAGGAUUCCAGGGACCAGUUUGAGAACAGCGUUCUUCAGCUAAGGGAACACGAUGAAUCAGAGACGGCGGUGUCUCAGGGGAACAGCAACACGGUGGAAGGAGAGAGCACAAGCGGAACUGAAGACAUAAAGAUUCAGUUCAGCAGGUCAGGCAGUGGCAGUGGUGGGUUUCUUGAAGGACUAUUUGGAUGCUUAAGGCCUGUAUGGAAUAUCAUUGGGAAGGCAUAUUCCACUGAUUACAAAUUGCAGCAGCAAGAUACUUGGGAAGUGCCAUUUGAGGAGAUCUCAGAGCUGCAGUGGCUGGGUAGUGGAGCCCAAGGAGCGGUCUUCUUGGGGAAGUUCCGGGCAGAAGAGGUGGCCAUCAAGAAAGUGAGAGAACAGAAUGAGACGGAUAUCAAGCAUUUGAGGAAGUUGAAGCACCCUAACAUCAUCGCAUUCAAGGGUGUUUGUACUCAGGCCCCAUGUUAUUGUAUUAUCAUGGAAUACUGUGCCCAUGGACAACUCUACGAGGUCUUGCGAGCUGGCAGGAAGAUCACACCUCGGUUGCUAGUAGACUGGUCCACAGGAAUUGCAAGUGGAAUGAAUUAUUUGCACCUCCAUAAAAUUAUUCAUCGUGAUCUCAAAUCACCUAAUGUUUUAGUGACCCACACAGAUGCGGUAAAAAUUUCAGAUUUUGGUACAUCUAAGGAACUCAGUGACAAAAGUACCAAGAUGUCAUUUGCUGGCACGGUCGCAUGGAUGGCGCCAGAGGUGAUACGGAAUGAGCCUGUCUCUGAAAAAGUUGAUAUAUGGUCUUUUGGAGUGGUGCUUUGGGAGCUGCUGACAGGAGAGAUCCCUUACAAAGAUGUAGAUUCUUCAGCCAUUAUCUGGGGUGUUGGAAGCAACAGCCUCCACCUUCCAGUUCCUUCCACUUGCCCUGAUGGAUUCAAAAUCCUUAUGAAACAGACGUGGCAGAGUAAACCUCGGAACCGACCUUCUUUUCGGCAGACACUCAUGCAUUUAGACAUUGCCUCUGCAGAUGUACUUGCCACCCCACAAGAAACUUACUUCAAGUCUCAGGCUGAAUGGAGAGAAGAAGUGAAAAAACAUUUUGAGAAGAUCAAAAGUGAAGGAACUUGUAUACACCGGUUAGAUGAAGAACUGAUUCGAAGGCGCAGAGAAGAGCUCAGGCAUGCGCUGGAUAUUCGUGAACACUAUGAGCGGAAGCUUGAGCGGGCGAAUAAUUUAUACAUGGAAUUGAGUGCCAUCAUGCUGCAGCUAGAAAUGCGGGAGAAGGAGCUCAUUAAGCGUGAGCAAGCAGUGGAAAAGAAGUAUCCUGGGACCUACAAACGACACCCUGUUCGUCCAAUCAUCCAUCCCAAUGCCAUGGAGAAACUCAUGAAAAGGAAAGGAGUGCCUCACAAAUCUGGGAUGCAGACCAAACGGCCAGACUUGUUGAGAUCAGAAGGGAUCCCCACCACAGAAGUGGCUCCCACUGCAUCCCCUUUGUCCGGAAGUCCCAAAAUGUCCACCUCUAGCAGCAAGAGCCGAUAUCGAAGCAAACCACGCCACCGUCGAGGGAAUAGCAGAGGCAGCCAUAGUGACUUUGCUGCAAUCUUGAAAAACCAGCCAGCCCAGGAAAAUUCACCCCAUCCCACUUACCUGCACCAAGCUCAAUCCCAAUACCCUUCUCUUCAUCACCAUAAUUCUCUGCAGCAGCAAUACCAGCAGUCCCCUCCUGCCAUGUCCCAGAGUCACCAUCCCAGACUCAAUAUACACGGACAGGACAUUGCAACCUGCGCCAACAACCUGAGGUAUUUUGGCCCAGCAGCAGCCCUGCGGAGCCCACUCAGCAACCAUGCUCAGAGACAGCUGCCCGGCUCGAGCCCUGACCUCAUCUCCACAGCCAUGGCUGCAGACUGCUGGAGAAGUUCUGAGCCUGACAAGGGCCAAGCUGGUCCCUGGGGCUGUUGCCAGGCUGACCCUUAUGACCCCUGCCUUCAGUGCAGGCCAGAACAGUAUGGGUCCUUAGACAUACCCUCUGCUGAGCCAGUGGGGAGGAGCCCUGACCUUUCCAAGUCACCAGCACAUAAUCCUCUCUUGGAAAACGCCCAGAGUUCUGAGAAAACGGAAGAAAAUGAAUUCAGCGGCUGUAGGUCUGAGUCAUCCCUCGGCACCUCUCAUCUCGUCACCCCUCCAGCGCUACCUCGAAAAACAAGGCCUCUGCAGAAGAGUGGAGAUGACUCCUCAGAAGAGGAAGAAGGGGAAGUAGAUAGUGAAGUUGAAUUUCCACGAAGACAGAGGCCCCAUCGCUGUAUCAGCAGCUGCCAGUCAUAUUCAACCUUUAGCUCUGAGAAUUUCUCUGUGUCCGAUGGAGAAGAGGGAAAUACCAGUGACCACUCAAACAGUCCCGAUGAGUUAGCUGAUAAACUUGAAGACUGCUUCUCAGAGAAGCUAGACGACCUGCUGUCCCAGACGCCAGAGAUUCCCAUUGACAUAUCCUCACACUCGGAUGGGCUCUCUGACAAGGAGUGUGCCGUGCGCCGUGUGAAGACUCAGAUGUCUCUGGGCAAGCUGUGUGUGGAGGAACGUGGCUAUGAGAACCCCAUGCAGUUUGAAGAAUCGGACUGUGACUCUUCAGAUGGGGAGUGUUCUGAUGCCACAGUUAGGACCAAUAAACACUACAGCUCUGCUACCUGGUAAUGAAGGAAUACACAUCCUGAAGAUCUCGUGACUAUACUGGCAUUUCAGAUCCACCCCACCCCCAGACUCAUCCCACUCUCUCCCAGCAUUUUGUCUGGGAAGAGAGACUACCCCAUCUUUACCACCCCCUAGAAAUGAGCUGCAAUAACAGGAACAUGAGACUUCGCAAAUCUCUGGAAAAUAAUAUCCAAAUGAAAUUAAGUCUCACUGAACAUUUCAAUCAAGAAUGGCAGGGAUCUAUUUUAUUGAAUAUUCUAGCUACUGUAACAUUGAUAUUUAUUUUUGUUUGACAUUUUAACACUUUGUACUGCAAAGAGUGAACUAUGUAUGAGAUAGAGAGACAAUAAUUUCUUGCAAAAAAAAAAAAGAGAUGAAAGAACAGAAAAAAAGAAAUAAGUGGAAUUUAAGAGCAACAUCCUUGGGAAUUUGUGGGGCCGGGAGGUAUUAUUGCUGCUUGAACAGGGGACCAGGUCUUUUGGCCGUAAGUGACUAAAGAAGAGCCAGAGCAAGACAUUGAACAUUUUAGAACACAAAGAACAGCAAAAGAAAAGCAAUUCCAGGCAACUUGUGAACAGACCAUAUUCACUUCAACCAGCUUGUCCAGGUGGCUUACGGAAAUGACCUAGAAAAGUCUGGUGACCAGAUACUUGCACCCAACGUCUUCAAGGGCGUGUGCUUCCUCUAGGAGGGAAAAACAGACAAACAAACAAACCUGUGUAUGUGGAAGCUGGUUUCAUUUUUAAAUGUUUAAGCAGCAGUUGGUAGUGAGGUUUACAGAUAGUGUCAAAUCUUGUUUUUGGCAAAUACGUCCCUUUUUAGUGCUGUCACUGUCAUUACCUUGGCAAAUGUGCUACCUUGACCCAACGUGUUGAUCUUUCAUACUCAAGUGCCAUUUCCUUGUAGCUCAUUUCCUUUCUGCCUGCUGACCACUUCCUGUAGGAACAAAGGUUGGGGGGCAGUACUGAGGAGGAGAAAAGGGUAAGAGAGGAAGAACAUCUACAGUGGUGUUAGGAAAACGAACGUGCAAUUUAUAAAACUCCAUUCUCAGGAUCACUCAGUUCAGCUACGAGGAGAAGAUGGAAUCACCCCUCUCUGGAGCCAGGUUGCUUGUCUACUUGAGUCAUAUUGAUUCAAGCAGGAGAACAGACUUUGAAGGCAGCUAGGAUGUAUGUGUGUCUAUACAAUGUCUGAGCCCAAACCAUCCCUUUGUUUUUAUUCACUAACUCAUUCUAUCUUAGAAGUUCUUUUUUUUUUUUUUUUUGGUUUGUUGGGUUUUUUUUGUUUUUGUUUUUGUUUUUGUUUUUCGACAGAGUUUUGCUCUUUUUGCCCAGGCUAGAGUGCAAUGGCACAAUCUCGGUUCACUGCAACCUCCACCUCCCAGGUUCAAGCUAUUCUCCUGCCUCAGCCUCCCGAGUAGCUGGGAUUACAGGCGCCCGCAACCACGCCUGGCUAAUUUUGUAUUUUUAGUAGACACGGGGUUUCACCAUGUUGGCCAGGCUUGUCUCAAACUCCUGACCUCAGGUGAUCCGCCUGCCUCGGCCUCCCAAAGUGCUGGGAUUACAGGCAUGAGCCACUGUGCCCGGCCUAUCUUAGAAGUCUUAAUGAUUGGCUACCACUGUCAGAAUAAAGGCAAAAACAAGCAGCUUGCAAAAGGCAACUCCUCUCCCAGCACAAUAGCAUUUUUGUUCAAUGCUACUUGUAAAAUAUCUUUUACUUCACUCCAAAUCAAUGCAGUUUUAAAUAACUGGAUUUGAACAUUUGUGGAAAGAACAAGGGAUGCUGAGCAGGGAUAGGAAAGAUUUUUACAUUGCCAAAAGCAUGAGGUCCUGCCUGUCUCCAGGGUCAUGGGCUCUGAAAAGCAUUCCAAGGUACUUCAUGGUGCCUUGGCCUUAAGGAAAAUUUUUUUUAGAAUUUUAUGUACAAAUAGGUGUUGACCUAGUACCUGUCCCUGUCUCCAAGAUAGAUUACGUCAAACAACCUCUCUAGAUUCACUGGACUCUUUGACACUGCAUCAUGUUGGACGUUAGGAAAUACUUGCACAGACAGCUGUUAAACCAUUUCCAAUGCACAUGAAAAUGUUGCCGCUCCUCUGGGUUUUACUGAUUGCAUCAGCCAAAAAGGAAAGGCAGGAGGGAAUUUAGAGUUCCUUUUGCUUGUUUGAUCCAUUUGUUUACACUUUAUGUUGAUACAUUGAUUUAAAAUGUAGUGUCUGUGAUUUAUAGCUCUUAGGAUGAAGGAAAAUGUUUAAUUUAUACAAAGAACAGUAUUGUUUGCAUUAAAUUAUUCCAUUUUGUAAAAAUUCUGUAGCUGGACUACAUGAAAGAUCUUAAGUUAUGGCAUUAUUAUCAUUGUUAUUUUAUUUUAUAAUAUUAUCAUUCUCACUUUCUGUCGA